AUGGGAGGGAGCUGCGCGCAGAGGCGCCCGGCCGGCCGGCGGCAGGUACUGUUCUCCUUCCUGCUGCCUUUGUUCUGCCCCGCGCUCUGCGAGCCGAUCCGCUACGCGAUUCCCGAGGAGCUGGCCCAGGGCUCGGUAGUGGGAAAGCUCGCCAGAGACUUAGGUCUCAGUGUCCUGGAUGUGUCAGCUCGGAAGCUGAGAGUUAGCGCAGAGAAGCCGCAUUUCAAGGUAGACGUGGAGAGCGGGGACUUGCUUGUGAAGGACCGAAUAGACCGUGAGCAGAUAUGCAGGGAGAGAAGGAUUUGUGAGUUGCAGUUGGAAGCCGUGGUUGAAAAUCCUUUAAACAUUUUUCAUGUCGUUGUGGUUGUUGAGGAUAUUAAUGACCACGCCCCUCAAUUCCGUAAAGAUGAAAUAAACUUAGAAAUCAGUGAAUCUGCCAGUCCAGGCAUGGGAACAAUUCUUGAGUCUGCCAAAGAUCCCGACAUUAAUAUGAAUUCACUGAACAAAUACCAAUUAAGUCCUAAUGAGUAUUUCUCCUUGGUGGUGAAAGAAAAUCCCGAUGGUGGCAAAUAUCCAGAAUUACUGUUACAGAAGACCCUGGACCGAGAAAAACAGAGCGCUCACCACUUGAUCCUGACGGCUUUAGACGGCGGGGACCCUCCCCGAAGCGGCACCGCACAGAUCCGGAUCCAUGUAGUGGAUGCCAAUGAUAACCCUCCUGUGUUCAGCCAGGACGUGUACAGGGUCAGCCUGAUGGAAGACGUGCCCCCAGGCACCUCGGUGCUUCGGGUGAAGGCCACCGACCGGGAUGAGGGUGUCAAUGCGGAAGUCACCUACUCCUUACUAGAUGUGGCUGACAAAGCUCAGCACGUGUUCUCUCUGGAUUCCACUACAGGAGACAUUGUAACUAACCAGUCCUUGGAUUUUGAAGAAGUAGAAAGAUACACAAUGGGUGUGGAAGCAAAGGACCGGGGAUCUCUUUCUACACAGUGUAAAAUAAUUAUAGAAGUUCUGGACAAAAACGACAACCGCCCAGAAAUCAUACUCACCUCUCUCUCUGAUCAGAUUUUGGAGAAUUCCCGCCCCGGAAUGGUGGUAGCCCUUUUCAAAACACGGGACCGAGAUUCUGGGGAAAAUGGAGAAGUCUUGUGUCAUAUAGGAAGAGAUGUUCCUUUCAAGAUUCAUUCUUCUUCUAAGAAUUACUAUAAGCUUAUAACAGACGGGGCCCUAGACCGGGAGCAGACCCCAAAGUAUAACGUCACCAUCACGGCUCUCGACCGGGGUAAACCACCCCUGUCCUCCACCAUAAGCCUCAUUUUGCACGUUGCCGACGUCAACGACAAUGCACCAGUUUUCCAACAGUCCGCCUACGUGGUUCAUGUGCCUGAAAAUAAUCCUCCCGGCGCCUCCAUAGCGCAAGUCAGCGCUUUGGAUCCGGACCUGGGGCCAAAUUGCCAAGUGUCCUACUCCAUAGUAGACAGCGACCUGGAGCCGCGGGCGCUGUCGUCCUACGUGUCCGUGAGCGCGCAGAGCGGCGUGGUGUUCGCGCAGCGCUCCUUGGACCACGAGCAGCUGCGCGCCUUCGAGCUGACGCUGCAGGCGCAUGACCAGGGCUCGCCCGCGCUCAGCACCAACGUGAGCCUGCGUGUACUGGUGGGCGACCUUAACGAUAACGCGCCCAGGGUGCUGUACCCGACGCUGGGGCCUGAUGGCUCAGCGCUUUUCGACAUGGUGCCGCGCGCGGCUCAGCCAGGCUACCUGGUCACCAAGGUGGUGGCGGUGGAUGCAGACUCCGGGCACAACGCCUGGCUGUCCUACCACGUGCUGCAGGCCAGCGAGCCCGGACUCUUCAGCCUGGGGCUGCGCACGGGCGAGGUGCGCACGGCUCGCGCCUUGAAUGACAAGGACGCGUCCCGCCAACGCCUGCUGGUCGCCCUACGCGAUGGAGGACAGCCUCCUCUCUCGGCCACAGCCACGCUGCUCUUGGUCUUCGCAGACAGCCUGCAGGAAGCCCUGCCGGACCUCAGAGACCACACUGAGCCCUCUGAUCCCCAGGCCGAGCUGCAGUUUUAUCUGGUGGUAGCCUUGGCCUUGAUCUCCAUGCUGUUCCUCCUCGCUGUGAUUCUGGCUAUUGCAUUGCGCCUGCGACGCUCCUCCUCCAACGCCACCAGGGGCUGCUAUAGGUCUGUUCUCUGUGCCAAGUCUGAUCCCAGGGUUCCUCCCAACUACAGUGAGGGAACACUACCCUAUGCCUAUAAUUUGUGUGUGCCUGGCGAUCAAGCUAAUCCAGAAUUUAAUUUUCUCACAUCUGUGGAUUAUUGUCCAGCCACUCAAGAUAAUCUCAACAAAAACAGCUCCUCAGUGCUAUUGGCUAACAUUUUAACACCCAGUGUUGAAGCAGAUAAGUCUUUUAAACAGGUAAGUGUUUAA